AAAAACGAUAACAUAAAAUGAAAACAGAAAAAAAAAAAUCAUAAACGGGUCCAAAAAAAUUAUAAAUGAUAAGGGAAUCAUCAUUUAUAUAGUGGCCUACGGGUGUAGUUGGGGAAUACGGGGGAUAGAGGCUUCAUGGAUUUUGCUGUUUGCUUCUCUCGAAACCAUGCUCUUAAUCAUCGUCUGCUUUUGCUCACUUCAGUUGUUUCGCCAUACCCUUGUGCAGUUUCACAGAUUUUAACACUUCCUUCUUCACCAGCUAACAAGGCUCUUCACCAUUUGAAGCUCAACCAUCCUCCCAGAACUUCUUCUGAAGGAAUUCCUCAUGAGUUAGCUGAAGAUUCAAAGUUUGUUCCUUUAAAUGCUGAUGAUCCCGAAUAUGGUCUACCUGCUUUGUUGUUUUUGGGCUUUCAAGUGGAGGAAGUUUUAAAGAUAAAACAGCUUUUGAAAGAGUUGGAUGGUGAAUUCCUUGAGGUCAUCUUUUGUACUGAAGACAUGAUUGAUCGUUCUCUUUGGGAAGCAAUGAAUACUAAGCAACCGAAUCUGGAAGCUGUAAAGAUUGCGAAAUCACUGCCACGGAUCUGUUUCUUUUCCGGUCUUAGUGGGGAGGAGAUGAUGAUGUUCAUUGAUGCUUUUCCAGAGACUGGACUAGAACCAGCUGUCUUUGCUGCUCUUGUUCCAAACAGUGCUGAUAAACCUCUUCGUGAAUUGAUAGAGGAAAUUAUGGGGGACCAUGAAAUGUUGACUGCAAAAUAAAUGAACAAGACAUCCGUCCGAGAAUUUCCUCAAAAAUGAAUAGACAAGGCAUUGAUGCUGAGAAGAUCUAGUUUUCAUUUGUAGCUCUUUUGUUGUUGUAGUUGAGAGAGCAAAUACAUCCUUUGUUUGUCUAUUUAUUUUUUACGCUUUAGAAGUUACUUGUCAGAAAGCUAUGGCACCAGUUGUAAUUGACCUGCCUUCCUUCUAAAUAUUGUAUAUUUGUAUUAAUUAGCUGCUCAAUUUCAGCUAAAUAUUUCCUUAUUAUGUAGCAGAAAGCAACCAGAUUCUCAGUU